CUCCCCUUCCUCCUCUCGCCCUCUUGACUCGUAGCUCUUUUUUACUCUUUUUCCCACGUAUUUUAUUUGUCUGUUUUUUGAGUGGUGCGACUCCACGCAUCGAUCAGCAUCAUCAUUGUGUAUAGGAGAGAGAAGAAGAUUCCUCCUCCGUCGGCCGUGUCCUCGUUGCAAUUUGUACGGAACGCGAGUGAUAAGACGAUAAGAAGAAAAUAAUAAAACGUGAACGAAAGACGGAUCCUUGUUUGAAUGUGUCGUGAUGAUAGUUUAUUUUUUUCUCGGCACGGUAGAUGUACUUGCAAUUAAGUACAUAAUUAAUACUUGUGAUAGCAUCGUAGAAAGGAAAGGAUAACUGUGCAUUCAAAUUGAAAUUAAUUCCAAGGGACUAAGUGACAACUCGUGACGAAGGAACGUUAAACGAUAUUUUUUGUUAUUCUUGUGUCAGAUCAUUCGCGAUAAAGGAAAGGGUACGUUAAGGGUUUACUCGUCAGCAUCGUUCGAUCGCAAAAUGGCGAUGGUCGUCGACAAUAUUUUCCCUCGAAUUGUUUGUUAAUGAUUUCGCGAUAACAUCAAUAUCCUCGAAAAUUAAUUUGUAACAAUUAGUCAGAGGCAGGGGGUCGACUAAACGAUAGAAAGAAGGAACGAAACGUUGAACUGCAAGCUGCAUCAUUGACAUUUUGAGAUUGAUUUGAAACAUAAAUACGAGAGAACUAUUGGAAAUAAGUUUGGGGAUAAGUUUAAGAGGGAAAAGGAGACAAGUAAUAAGAAGAAGAAGAAGAAAACGAGGACGAAGAGGAAAAAGAAAAAGAAGAAAAGGUGCUUUAAAAAGCCUUCAAGAUUGCUCGAAAACCGUCGCGCGAGUCGCGCAGGGUUGGACGAGCAGCGGAAAUACGGGGUGCGUGGGCAGCUAUGCAAAGGGCGGUUGCUGGCGGAGGGCCCGGGCCCUUAGGCCUUCAGGGCCCUCCAAGGUCAGUCAAAAUAUCCCCAGUUAACAUUCAGGACGAACCCGGUGAUCCGACCUCGCAAAAAGGACGAAGCUCCCAUUGCGUUGGCUGCGGAGGCCGAAUUCAUGACCAGUGGAUUUUGAGGGUGGCACCGAAUCUCGAGUGGCACGCCGCCUGUUUGAAGUGUGCCGAGUGUCAGCAAUUUUUGGACGAGCAUUGCACCUGCUUCGUUCGCGACGGGAAGACCUACUGCAAGGGAGAUUACGUCAGAUUGUUUGGAACAAAGUGCGACAAGUGCAGUCAGUGUUUCAGCAAAAACGAGUACGUGAUGAGGGCAAAGACCAAGAUCUACCACGUCAAUUGUUUUCGUUGUUCAGCUUGCAUGAGGAAGCUUUUACCGGGCGAUGAAUUCGCCCUUAGACAGGACGGACUUUUUUGUAUGCACGAUCACGACGUACUAGAAAGUGGAAAAUUUUGUUCGGCUACUGGCGGUGUACCAGGCAGCGAGAACAACAACAACGCUUCCUUAACAAAUAAUAAUCAUCACUUGCAUCCAAACGACGGUUCGAUGUCGGACUCUGGAUCAGAGAGUGGUUCUCAUAAGGCCGGCGUAGGUGGUGCAAGAGGAACCGGUAGUCACAAGAGCGGUGGUGGUUCCGAUGGAAAACCAACCCGAGUUCGUACGGUUUUGAACGAGAAACAGCUUCAUACUUUGAGAACGUGUUACGCUGCAAAUCCAAGACCAGACGCAUUGAUGAAGGAACAAUUGGUAGAAAUGACGGGUCUAAGUCCAAGAGUGAUCAGGGUAUGGUUUCAAAACAAGAGAUGUAAGGAUAAAAAGAAGACGAUAGCGAUGAAACAACAAAUGCAAGAGAAGUGCUUUCCGUUGCAGGACGGGCGUAAACUGGGUUUCGGCGGUAUGCAUGGGAUUCCAAUGGUGGCGAGUAGCCCUGUGAGACACGAAAGCCCCAUCGGCAUGACCCCUAUAGAAGUACAAGCCUAUCAACCACCUUGGAAAGCUCUAUCCGACUUUGCCUUGCAUACGGAUCUCGAUAGGUUGGAUCCGAAUGCACCAGCCUUCCAUCAUUUGGUUUCUCAGAUGCAUGGAUACGAUAUACACGGAGCCCCGCCACAGCUCCCACCUCCAGGAAUGCUCGGUGGUCCAAUGAACGAUGGGGGUGGCGGUGGAGGUGGUGGUCCUUUACCUCCGCCAGGUCCUCAUCAUCCUGGAGGUGGUGGUCCGGAUAUGGGACAACAUCCUGACAGUACCGACAGUUACGUCACUUAUCUCGAAAGUGACAGCGAUUCGCUGCAUCACGAUACGGGUAGUCCAUAGUGUCGUACCUAUCGUCUAUGGCUCGCUCAUGGCAACACACAGUUCAAGAUAAAGAUCAACUUGAUGUUGAUCGUGACCUUCAAAUCUUUCCAUUGACAAGAAAGAAGCUUGAUGACGAGUAAUGACGAGAAGAUGAACGGGAGACUUGUGAACGAACAUUCGAUCUCUUUCUAUUUCUUUCUGUCUCUCUCUUCCUCCUUCUAUUGUUUUUACUUCCUUCUUUUUUUUUUUUCUUUAUUAUCAUCAUCAUCAUCGUCGUCGUCGUCGUCGCCUUCGUCGUCGAUGGAUUCUAUAUAGGACAAAUAAUUCUCAUGGAAGCACACCGAUGUAGAUCCGUUUAGUAAGUUUUAUUAGAUGAAAGAAAUAUAAGGGGUUAGAGAAAAAGUGCGAAUCUCCCGAAAUGGAAACUUUAGCUCGAGACGAAUAGUAUUAAUUUAGGAAUCUACGAACAACGAUAGUAAGUAUUGUAUUAUAAGAGGAAGAAAGGAUAUGCGUAUUAAGGAAAAAAACUAUGCCAAACAAUAAAAGUUUGUUUGGUCAUGCGAACAUGAAAUGUUACUGCGGUCAAUCAAUUUCUGAUUUCUUUUUACUGGACAAAUUGUGAUCUGUCCUUUCAAUAAAAGUAAUCAAUUAAUCGAUUGUGAACUCCAGUUUUUAAUUCAAACCAAUAGUGAAAUAUAUUUGCGCUAGAAAAAAAGUAUAAUGCGAAUCUUUGUACUUUUUAUUAUAUAUUUAUAUUGUUUUUGAAAAAUUGUUUGUUUUUGCUUAGAGAACGAAACGACAAAUUUGAUUCGAUAAUAAAAUCAAACGAUGUAUUUUUGUUCUCAAUUAAUUAAAAAAUAUCAUUUCUCUUUACUCAAAAAUUUAGUACAGUGCUUCCGAAAUUUUUGUGGCCUGAGAACCAUUUUUAAGAAGUAAUAAAUCCUUGCUCUUGAAAAGUAAAAAAAUCAUCUUGUUUAAGAUUCCUAUUCCCGUUGCGCUAAAUCAUAUUAUUAUAAUUUCAAUAUCAAUAACAAGCAGUGUUUCAACUUACACUUAAAAAACUUCAAAGAUUCAUCAUAGAAUAUUAUAAUGAUUUGUUCUAAUAGCAUGAAAUAUUAAAUAGCCAAAGUAUUUGAUCCUUGAAAAUUUGGAAAUACUAACAGUUUUGACCAAACACAGCAUCUAUUCCCAAAGGGAGAGGAAAAAAGCGAGAAAAUAGGCGAUAAAAGAAAUCACCGAUGGUGUUUAAAAAAAAGAAAUAUAAAUAAAUAUUUCCACAACGAUAACGUACGAUGUGUUACUCUUGUACGAAGUGUACAUAAUUACUGUUAACGUCGUUGCUGUAAAUUGAAUUGAUUUUAGGAUCAUUAAUACGCUCAGGCCCAAAUAAUAAUAAUAAUAAUGAUAAUAGUAAUAAUAAUAAGAAUAAUAUUAUUAACAUAAUUAAUAUAAAUAGCGAAUGAGAGACGUAUACAUGCUGAUGUUAUAUUUAAUAGUUACAUGCUAUCUAUUCCGAUUAUGUUAUAAGUUCAUAAACAAUUUCUCAGAAACUUAAAUGCAAUCCUUAAGUAUCAUUCUUUUUUCUUCUUUUUUUUUUUUUCUUAAUUUUUAUUUCUAUUUUUUUACUUAACAUGAGCAAAAACUAUCGUAACAGAGAGACGAUUUGAUUUCAACGAAAAUUUCAUCAGACACAAAAAAAAAAGAAAAAAGAAGGAAAAAGGAAAAAAAAUACCAAAGUGUGCGAGCUUAAAGAAAAAUAAUGGGAGAGAAACGCACUAAAUUGUAAAUAAAAAAAUACUCCGAUAAAUUAGAAUUUAUAAUUAGGACAGUUCGUUUGGUAGAAAUGGCGAGUCGUUUUGUGUGUGCACACUUUUAUGCUCGCCAUGUUGGGUGUUUGUAUAGAAACGUUACACGCCGCUCUCUUGUAUGUAUAUGUUUAAAAAAAAAAAAAAAGAAAAAAGAAGAAAAAAAUUAAUUCAUGUAGUUUUAACGUUUCGUAAUUCGUUCGAAAACAUCUUCGAAUUUGUAUAAUAUUUCUAUACCAGCAGCACUGAAUGUAAUAAACUAUCUAACUAA